AUGGGUGCGUUUUGGCUCAACAACUUGUUUUGUAGGAUGACUUUGAAGAAUUUUCCGGGUAAGAGCUGUGGAUUGUAUUGUUUUAAAAGGUUCAGCGAUGUNUGUGGAUUGUAUUGUUUUAAAAGGUUCAGCGAUGUUUUAGUUGUCGUAUUGUUUUUGUGUUAUGCCUGUUCUAGUGGAUUCUGUGAUACUUUUAACAUGGUUUCAAUGCCUCUUGGUUUUGAGGUUAGUGGUCUUGAUAGAAAUGCGAAUUGGGUGUCUGAAAAUGGAGUUUUUGCAUUUGGUUUCUUGGAGAAAGAUGGUGAUGAUGCUGAUGAGUGUGUGGUUGGAAUUAGGUACAAUUUAGGGGAUAAAGCUGCAAAUUUUCCUGUGUGGACUGUUGGUGGGGGGCUUAGGGUUGCAAAAAACUCUACAUUUAGGCUUGCCAUGGAUGGGAGGCUAGUCUUGAUUAAUAACCCAAAUGGAAUUAUUGUUUGGAGUAGCAAUACAUCUUCUUUGGGUGUUCAAAAAGCUAGUCUUUUGGACAAUGGAAACUUGGUUCUUCUGGGCAAUAAAGAUGAAGUGAUUUGGGCGAGUUUUAGUAGUCCAACAAACACUUUACUUCCUGGGCAGUCACUUCAUUACCCUCUUAGCCUUAGAGGUCCUUCCAUGAUAUCGAUUUUGAGUUACUAUAGUCUGGUGAUUCGCCAGACGGGUGAACUUGAACUUGUGUGGGAACACAAUAUCACCUACUGGAGGAGUCACUUUAGCUCCUCUGCUAUUGUGAGGGAAGCCAGGUUUGAUUCUGUUGGCAUUUUUGGUCUGUAUGAUGAUGGAAAAAAAGUUGUUUGGUCCGUGUCAAGUAAGGAUUUUGGAGACCCUUCUGUGACUUUGAGGCACCUUAGGGUUGACCAAGAUGGAAAUCUGAGAAUUUACUCAUGGGACAAUGUAAGUUGUACAUGGAAAGUAGGUUGGCAAGCAGUGAAGGAUCAAUGCAAUGUGUUCGGUUCUUGUGGUUUAUACAGUGUGUGUGGUUAUAAUUCUACGGGUCCUGUAUGUGAUUGUUUGUCUCCAGAUUCCUUGCUAAGGAGUAUUGGUGCUUCUGCAGUUGAUGCAGGUGGUUCAGGGUGCAAGAAAAUGGUGGAUUUGGGAAAUUGCAAGAUGCAUACAAGCAUGUUUAUAAUGAAGCAAACAGUUCUUUAUGGUCUUUAUCCUCCACAUGAUGUUGAUAUGUUGUUGAGUGAGGAAGCUUGCAAAGAGUAUUGUUCGAAUGACACUACUUGCAUUGCUGCAACAUCAGCAAAUGAUGGUUCGGGUUUAUGCACAAUCAAAAGAACCAGCUUUAUUAGUGGGUACAGGAACCCCUCUGUUCGUUCCGUUUCAUUCUUGAAGGUCUGUUCGGUUCCACUGGCUGUUGCAGCGCAUGGUGGUGAUCCCCUUAGUAAUUCACAAUCAGUAUCUUUGUCAACGGGUGGACUUAGUUCUGAAGGGGUAAGUGUUAAAAAGUUUAUUGGAGCUAUAGCACUGAUAGUUUUACUCACAGUAUCAGUACUUGUGAGCAUUCAAUUUUCAUUGUUUUGGUUCAUUUAUCAUAGACGAAAAAUUAAGGCUCAGACAAGGAUUCCCUUUGGGAAGGAUGCUCAAAUGAACCCGCGUUAUAGUGUACUUAUCAGAUUACCGUUUGAGGAAAUAAAGGAACUUACAAAUGGUUUUGCUAGUCCACUUGGCCAGUCUGUUUUCAGAGGCACUCUUCCAAAUAAAAUACCCAUAGUUGCUAAAGUUUUAAAUGAUGUAAUUGUAUCAGAGAAGGAUUUUCGAGUUGCAGUUUCUACACUGGGUGGGACGCAUCAUCGAAAUCUUGUAUCUGUUAAAGGCUUCUGUUUUGAACCAAGACACAAGAUUUUACUGUACGAGUAUGUUCCAAAUGGUUCUUUAGACAAGUGGCUUUCCAAUUCCAAGCACAAUCAACAAGAACAGAUUUCGCAUAAAAGACUCGAUAUAGCCCUUGGAGUGGCACAUGCUCUUGCUUAUCUGCAUUCAGAAUGCCAACAAUGCAUUACUCAUGGCAAUUUAAGUCUAGGGAAUGUCUUGCUUGAUGAAAACUUGGCUCCUAAGCUGACAGAUUUUGGACUUCAGGGCUUCCUCAUAAAGAAAGCGGCUUCUUCUUCAGAGUCUCCAUCAGAAAGGGACAUUUACAUGCUUGGACAAAUGUUCGUGCAAAUUGUUACUUGCAAGAGAGAGUUUUCUGGAGACAAUGUGGAGCAAAUACUCAAUUAUGUGUAUCAGGAAAACAAAUUUAUGGAGAGUGAUAGUUUGAAAAUGAUGGAAAGAAUUGCGAGAAUUGCGUUUUGGUGCAUGCAAAGUAAAACAUUUUUAAGACCUUCGAUUGGCGAAGUGGUUAAGGUACUCGAAGGAACUCUUUCAGUUGAUCGGCCUCCAUCAUUCGGUCUACCUCAAAGGCAUGACAGUAUUAUAGAGUCAGAAGUUGUGACGGAAAUAGAAGUAGAAUAA